GGUGCCGGUGCCAUGCUUUACUCACCAUGUCAAAUUUCGUGAGUGCCUUAUUAAGGCCACGAACGUGUGAGGAUUGUGGAAUCAUUUAGAAGCAGAAGGAGUCAAAGAUGAACUUAAAAAAACUUUUUAAUUAAAUUAUAGGACCUGCUUAAAAAUUGAGUGCAGAGUCUUCCGCAUUUAGCUGGAGCUGAAAUCUGUUCUUACGAAAUUUUCCAAGAAAUAACUUUUCAGCUUUCUGAAGUGCCAAGUAGGGGAUUGGAUUGGCAACUCGCAAGUCAGGUUGGGUUCAGAGAUGAAGAAGCUCGCAAGAAAUUGGCACAAUUCUCAACAAAACAAGCUCUCUCUCCCUACUCGCGACGAUCCUACUUUUGACGACUUUCGUCCCAUGGAUACACAAGAACAAGAAGAGUUGGUUCGGUCGUUUGAAAGGAGUCAAGCUCAGCAGAGUCGCUUAUGGAGGACGGUAUUUGCUGCUCUUCUCUGCUGUUACAUCCUCUUUCUUUUGUACUCCAUCUUUCAGCAGGCUUCAUCUCCAUGGGAACUGAAAUACCAUGCUUACUUCAUGGAGGAGCUUUACCCUUGGAUGAGUAUAUUAGCAGAUUGGGUUGCUGUUCUAGCCUGCUCAUUUGCAGUCAAGGGGAUGCUCCAUGAGUCAAUGCAUCACAGGCGAUGGAUCUGGUACUCAUGGUUUACUGGCCUUGUUCUGGCAAUUUUCUGGUUGUAUUACAUGUUCAGACUGCCAAAGUUCCGGUGGGAUGUAAUCUGGCUGCCAUUUGGUCCUCUUGGUGGAGCGGCAAUCUGUCUCUAUGUGGAUCAUUUACUAGCUGAGUCAUCAGAAGAGGUGAAAAAGCUCCGGGGAUACAUAUAUGCCUACAAAGCAAGCUAGAAUUCCUCUUCUGUCUACUUGAUCAAAAGCAUGGGAUUUGAAAAACAGUUUGGAAUUUAGAGAACAUUUUAUGAAGGUCUUCUAAUGGAUCACGUGGACCGAGCCUACUAGUGUUGUCAGCCAUUGGAUGGAACCGAGACAAGUUCUUGUAUUGAUUUUCUGACUGCUCCAUUUUUGUUUUCUGCUUCCUGGGUAGGACAAAAGGAUCACUGAAUAGAGAUAGGAACAGACACGAUCAAGGACCAAGUUUUUGGAGUUAUUAUUUACUU